UAUAUAUAAUAUAUAGUAAACUAAAGUAAUCAAUCAAGUAAACGAAACACAAAGAGAAAAGUAGUGCAAGAAACAGAGGAGUUAGAUACCAAAAAGCGAGAGAGAUCGAAUGACUGAGAAAGAAGAGAGUGUGAAGCUUCUAGGGUUUUGGGCAAGCCCUUUUAGUCGUCGAGUCGAGAUGGCUCUCAAACUUAAAGGCGUACCAUACGAAUACUUGGAGGAAGAUUUACCCAACAAGACCCCUUUGCUUCUUGAGCUAAACCCGCUUCACAAGAAAGUUCCGGUUCUUGUCCACAAUGAUAAAAUAUUACUCGAGUCACAUCUGAUUCUCGAAUACAUCGAUCAGACAUGGAAGAACAAUCCAAUUCUUCCUCAAGAUCCUUACGAGAAAGCCAUGGCUCGAUUCUGGGCCAAGUUCAUUGAUGAGCAGAUCCUAACACUAGGGUUCAGGUCCCUGGUAAAAGCAGAGAAAGGAAGAGAGGUUGCUAUUGAAGAGACUAGGGAAAUGCUUACGUUUCUUGAGAAAGAAGUCACUGGAAAAGAUUUCUUCGGCGGCAAGACAAUCGGAUUCUUGGACAUGAUCGCAGGAAGUAUGAUCCCAUUUUGUCUAGCUAGACUUUGGGAAGGUAUAGGAAUUGAUAUGAUUCCAGGGGAGAAGUUUCCGGAAUUAAAUAGAUGGAUCAAGAAUUUGGAAGAAGUUGAGGCCGUGAGGGGAUGUAUUCCUCCAAGAGAUAAACAAAUUGAGCGCAUGACCAAAAUUGCAGAGACAAUUAAGUCUGCCUAAAUUAAAGAUACUUCUUGCCUCCGGAAAUAUUUGAUUUAUAUGCUUGCAUCGUUUUAUAUUGAAACGUUUCGAAUUAGAGAUGGAAUGUAGCAGUAUGGUAUUAGAAAUGUAUAGAUCAAGUGUUGUGGAUACAGGCUUUGUAACUCCGGGACGUAACGAAUGUGAACUUGGAUAAUGAUUGAAUC